AUUUAUAAGAAGUAACCAUCUUGAAGUAAUUGUUUUUUUUUUCAAGAUUGAGGUUCUGUGAGAGCUGGAAAGUAGUUAAAUGUUGCAAUGAGAUAUCUUAGGUGUUAAUAUAAAUAUUGCAUUAUUUUUUGGUGAUAAAUGCAUAACGUAGCAACACAUUGUCUGCAUUACUGUUGAUAAAUCACCUAGCCGAUAAUGCCAGUAGUCUGUGUUUUUAAGAAAUACAUUUUAACUUAUGUCAGUACUCAUAAAACAUAUUUUUCAUAUAAAAAAAAUUGUUUUUCUUCAGUAUUAUAGUGUGGUAUGGAAGUUCUCACGUUUCACGUACCUUAAGUAGAUGAUAAAUUAAUUUACACAGGCCUAACCUACAGAGUUGGUCAUUAAAAUGAAGAAGCUUUUUUCUAAAAUUGAAACAAAAAUCGACAAUACUGCCAAAGAGCCGAACAGCUAUGUGGGAAAGGUAUUUGUUUUGGGAAGAUACACUGUCACCGUGGAAGAUGUGUUAGCUGAAGGGGGCUUUGCUGUGGUGUUCCUCGUGAAGGCCAACAGUGGCGGUACACGAUACGCGCUCAAGAGGAUGUACGUCAACAACGAACAUGAUCUCAACAUCUGCAAGAGGGAGAUCCAGAUUGCGUGCAACCUGAGUGGCCACAAGAACAUCAUCGGGUACGUGGACUCGAGCCUCACGCACACGGGCAACGGCGUCUACGAGGUGCUGCUGCUGAUGCCGUACUGCCGCACGCACGUCCUGCAGAUGAUGAACUCCAGGUUACAGUCUGGAUUCAGCGAGGCAGAAGUGCUGCAGAUAUUCUGUGACGUCUGUGAGGCGGUCUCGCGCCUGCACCACUGCCAGACUCCCAUCAUCCACCGCGACCUCAAGGUGGAGAACAUCCUGCUGAGCGACUCGGGCAGCUACGUGCUGUGUGACUUCGGCUCGGCGACGGCCAAGGUGCUGAGCCCUCAGGUGCAGGGCGUGGCGGCGGUGGAGGAGGAGGUCAAGAAGUACACCACGCUGUCGUACCGCGCCCCGGAGAUGGUCGACCUGUACGGCGGCAAGCCCAUCACCACCAAGGCCGACAUCUGGGCGCUGGGCUGUCUGCUCUACAAGCUGUGCUUCUUCUCGCUGCCGUUCGGAGAGAGCAUGCUGGCCAUUCAGAGUGGCAACUUCACCAUCCCGGACAACUCUCGCUACUCCAAGGAGAUCCACUGCCUCAUCAGGUACAUGCUGGAGCCGGAUGCUGACAAAAGGCCCGACAUCUUCCAAGUGAGCUACGUGGCUUUUAGCAUUGCUGGCAAGGAAUGUCCUGUGCAGAAUUUACACAGCGUGGCCGUGCCAGCCUUGGACCAGCUGCCCUGCCCUCAGCUGGACACCGAGGCCCGCCGCACCGCGGUGAAGGUCACGAAGCAGGCGGCGGCGGCGGUGGUGGAGGGCACCAGCGUGGCCCCCCGCCAGCGCCCCAAGGGCACCCAGCCCUUGCCCGUGGGCGUGGUGCUGCCCAUCCCGUCCCCCUCCACCCGCCGCCAGGCCCUGCCGCCCGUGUCUCAGUCGCCGCAGCCCGACGCCCCGGAGCCCGGCGGCAAGCAGUCCGUGGAGACGCUCUUCCCCUCGUCUGGUUUCCCAGACCCAUUCCGGGAGGACGGGACUGGGCAGGCGCUACCCCCGGCAGUGUUGAGCAACCUGGGUCCCGCCCACAAGCUGGAGUCUGUGUCGCAGUGCUUCGCGGUGGCCACGCCCCCGGGCUCCCCCACCGCCGCCCCCUCCCACCACCGCCACCGCCGCAACAUGAGCGACACCACCGCGUUCAACAAAGUUUUUGCCAACGAAACCAGUCAGUUCCUUGCUCCCUACGAGACGUCCGUGAAGUCUCGGUCCGGCUCCAGCACCCCGCCAGACAACCUGCAGCCCGCCCCGCUGGCCACCAACAUUCCGGAGCAGCCCAGGCAUCUAGUGGGCGUGUCUGCAUCUCACAGUGAGCUGUCGAAUGCCACCGGAGCUGGGGCACGCUCCCUGUCUGCAGACAUCGCAGACUGGAACCCUUUCGAAGACCCCGCCCCAUUCAACCAGCUGACGGAGGACCACAUAUUUGGUGCAGAAUUCGACAAAAUCCGCAGGGGUUCUCAGAGCAGCAUCUCGAACGUGAAGAGUCGUGAGAGCCUGGUAAUGGCGCUAGGAGAGGCUGUAGAAGACCCCUUCAUCUCCGCUCCGUUCUCCCACCCAGGUUCUAAGCAUGGAAGCAAGGACAAGCAACCAAAGAAAACAUCAGUAGGAGAGAAGAGCGGAGGGGCGCCGGUGGUCGCGAUCAGCGACAGCGAGGACUCGUCCCCGGGACCCGUUGUCACCUCGCCACCCUUCGUGCGGGCGCCCGCGGAGGACCGCUCCAAGUACGAGAAGCUCACCUGCAACCUGGACGAGGUGUCGUCCGACGACAGCCCUGACAGCCAGCAGGACGCAGGUCUCAUAGAAGCAAGGACAAAACCCAGGAAAGCACGCACCAUCGUUGCAUCGCUAAACAAGAAGAAGAGAAAGGGGGGCCCAUCCUUGGAGACGGGGAACGUCUCCGACGACUCGAUCGGCUCAGCCAGCGACCUGCAUGCCCUGAAUGAGGACGAGACUCCGGCCAGAGGGAAGCGGGCAGAGGCGGAAGUGGAGACCGUCUCGGAGAGCGUGCUGACGUGCGGAUCCUCGGCCUACCACGCAGAGUGCGAGAGCCUGGCGACCCGCGAGGACAACGAGCGUCCCAGGCGGAGGGCGGUCGCGGGUGGGGAUGACUCCAGCGGUCACGACCUCCUGUUCGUGGGACACCAGUACGGAGAGAAGCCUCUCCUGGCAGAUGACGAGCUCGACUCGGAGGAUGAGCGCCCGGGUGUCUUCUGGACAGAGCCGGAGGGCGCGGAUGUGUUUGCCCUGGCCCCGUUCCAGAGGCCGCCGGCGUCCCGAGGCGGCGCCCGCAAGUCCGGCCAGAGUCGCAGCCAGCCUGCCAGCCAGACCGUCUCUCCCCUGGACACGGUGACCCGCAAGUCGUCCCUCCUGCUGCUCCACUCCGCCUCUCCUCCUGCCCUGGUGGACCUCGGCGAGUCUGUUGCAUUCCAGGAGCUGAGCAAUGCUAAAUCCACACCGCAGAACUGCAAAGACAUCUCGUCCCCCGAGUCGAACGCCAGGUUCGAGAACUCCGUCUGCCUCUUCACAACUUCCGUUCCACCGAUAGUAGAGCAGGAUGAGGAAACCAUAGACAGCGGAUCAGGGGAUAGUAAAGAUCUUUUCGGGUCGUCUCCAUUCAGUUUGACGAAUCCAUUCAACAGAAGCAAGACCGUGGUUGCAAAUGAUGUCACCACUCCUAUCCAAGGUUUCAUCUCUUCAACACCAUCCGCCCUCAAACCACCUUCCCUUCUCAACUCUCCGGAGUUUCAGAGCACUUCCGUCAGUCAUGUUUCCCCUUUCGUAGAAUCUCCGGCAAACCUUAAUUUCACCAUGACCCACUCGAAUACUACUUUCAUUCCUCAGAAUCGAAACAUUCCAAGGCAGGAUCUGUUCGGCUCGGUGCCUUUCUCGCAGAUGCUGACGGAGCAGCCGCCUCCCCAAGCCUUGCAGAGACCGACAUUUCUGCACAUAAGCAAGACGGAUGCAAACAAACCCUUCCCUCCGAACGUGACGUCCGGGGGCAGCUCUCACGGGCCGCAGACAGACGCUCUCUACCCGUCCCCAGACGGCGCGGCCGGGAAGGAGCGGCCCAAGGGCGGGGACAGGUCCAAGUACCAGCUGAUAGGCGACGGGGACCGGGCGGACAAGGUGAGCGUGAUCCCCGGGAAGCUGGCCCAGAGGCCCGUGGUGGCCGGCCUCAAGAAGCCGGGCAGGUCCUCCAAGAAGGGCGGGGCGGAGAAGGCGGCGCUGGCAGCCUUCAGCAACAUGAGCUUCGAGGACUUCUCCAGCGACGACGGGGCGGAGGUGCCGCGGCCGGCGGUCGCUCCCUUCGAGGUGGUGCGGGACAGGCAGUGCUGCGACGGCGAGCGCCGGUUCGGGUCCCUGAAGCGACGCAGCAACCCCUUCUCCUGAGGACACGUCUACCAGACCUUCUGAGCGUGGCACGCUGCAUUUCUCUGAGUUUUGCACAACUGUAACUUAUGUCAACAAAUAUUGUUUCAUUUUACCAAAAAUUCACACUUGUUAGUUUCAGUAAUGUACUUUGGGAAACUUUAAUAUAAAUUUUAUUUAUAUAACUGUUGUAGAUGAAAAUCUUAUAGUAUUUGCAAUAUUCAAUCAUGAUAGUUAGUUACAUGCAUAGUUCAAAGUUUGAUUUCUCUAUUAUUUGUUAUGGUCAAGUUGCCUGAAUCGGAGACAGGAAUAAGAAAACAGCAGUAUUUUGUAAUGCAGUAUUUUCUUUCGUGUGUGGUAUUGCCGCAAAUUUAAUAGAAUUGAUUGUCUUUAAAAGUUUGCCUUAUGUUCGAGAGCUGCAUCUUAUUUAAAAAUGUGACAUAAAUAUGUCAUUCGCACUGAUAGUUACCAUUAGUAUAGUCAUGUAUAGUUUUCAAAAUGAAAAAGAAAACACAUACGUGCCUCUUCAUGUAAUAUUUAUUAUCUCUAGUCCAGAUGCAGUUAGUAUUACAAAAAUUUGAUUUACUUUUGUUCAAAUGGCAUUGACUGAACUGUGUGUUUCUCAGAAUGCUGUAAUAAAACCAGUGUUAACCAUUCAAGCAUUCAUACAUACUGAACUAUUAAAGAAGUAAAUUUAUUUAUAUCUUGAUCAAAAAAAAAUAUGCAUUCCUUUGUGUGUUGGAGUAACGAAAGUAUGUUUAUUUACAUCUGUAGCAAUUGACUGUGGUCAAAAAUAAUAUCAACCAAAAUUAAUGCUUCAAUUUUUUUUGCAGCAGACCAUGCACUUUUGUGGGAUUCUUGGUAUAGUUUUGAUGCAGAUCCUUUAUUUUGUUCAUUACCACUAUAGCAGGACCAUCACUGUGUACAUCUGAGACAUAACUUCUGUAUUUUCUGGUCUAGAAGUUGAGAAUAUUUUUCCAAAUUCAAUGAGGUUUAAAGGUGCUACACAUCUUACGUGACAGGUUGUCUUAUGUAAAAUUAUGCAGAUACAUAUUUAAAUUGCUGUUGGAGUCCACACACCCGGCAGUACUUAUGCUCUGUUGUAUGUAGCCCAAAUAUGAGGGAAGGUUUAUUUAUUUUGUAGAUCACAUUUGGAUGAGGAAGGUUGUGCUUCUGCCAUGCUAAGACCAAGUGGCCUGAUGUUUUAAAUGAGUUUACAGGUAAUUUCCAAUUUGAUCAGCUCCUAGACCAUAAAUAAAAACCCAGUACUACUUUAGACAUAGUUUGAGGGGCCUUUCUUUUACUUGGAGACAGGAAUGAUCAUUUCAACUAAAAGUAGUCCUGUGGAACAAGAAAACAGGUUCAAUAUAUUCUUCAAACUUAGGUAUCUUAAAAAUAAACUCUCAUGAAUUUUAGCUGUCUACUCUACUCAUGAACUGUAGUUAAUAUCUACUUUUUUUUUUUUUUUUUUUUUCAGCGCCUUCAUCACUUUUAAUAACAUACAUAACUUGUAACUGCUUUGGUGUGUUGCUAUUAACACUUUAGUUUUUAUUUUUUAUAAUUUGUUUAAUCUCUGGUGAAUAUAUAUGAACAUUUUCUCAGGUGAUUUUGUUUUGUUGGUGUGCCUGAAAUAAAUAUUAACACAGCAAAAAACAGUUGUUAAUAUGAAUGACUAUCUAUUGCUAUUGCUCGAAUCACUUAGUGAGAUGUGAAGCAACUGUGCUACCUAGGUGCUAGGUGACUUGUUGGCAUUCAGAUUAUGGUAAAUCGGGUGCGGAUGAGUCGCAUUGAACAAAUAACCGCGCCAUGUAUUAGAAUGUUGUGUACCUUUGAUGUGACUGGAAAUUUUGUUACGGUUAACUUAGAACAAAGAACUAGAUUUUAAGAAGUGGAACUAAACCAGAGAACCAGGAAAAAAGUAGAUCCAAACCCUUCCCUCUCCUCCUUUCCCUCUUUCAUUUAUCUUUCUUGUGCACCUUUCUUUCCUCUCACUGCUAGCCGAUGCCUCUGCACAGUUAGUAUGUGUUUACAUCAGCCAUGUAUCUGCUGUACUGUUAGCAUUUUGUGUAUGGGUUUGUUUAUUUUUCAUAACAGGGAGCUCUAACCAUCUCAGCCUUACAUUGAUAUUUUUAACUACUUUCCCUUUCUAAAAUCAUGAAAAGAAAAAAUAAAUCUUUUUUUCCACAGAUUUACGUUUGGAACUCUAAAAUACUAUUAUUUUUUUUCUUCUGUAAAUGACCUUCAGUGUUUUCCGUUGCUCAUUGUUUCAAUCCUUCCUUCAUACUUAAUUUUAUCAUCAAAGAGGUAAUUUUAAAAUAAAAAAGUUUUAAGAAUGUGAUGUAAAUUAAUUUAAGUUCGGUGUACAAAAUUAUUGCUGUGCUGCAAAAACUAAAGACAAAAACUAAAUCUAUAACUGCAACUUUGGCAAGUUUCACCAACAUGUCAUUAACGUGUACAUGUUUGUGUUGCUCUUUGAAUGGUUUCAAUCAUUUUGCAUUCAAGAAACAGCUGAUUUAUCAGUCUCGUGUUGGCAGUUGGUAUCUGCAUUCAUGGGUCUGAAGCAACUAGUAAAAAUUUUCAACACAAAAGAAGGAAGUAAACACAAAUUUUGUUUUGUGCAGGUUGAUUUCUCACUUCAUGUUUGCAAUACAUUCUAUUCGUGUUUGUUACGUCACAAAGAAAACUCCCCUAGUUAUGGUUUUUUUUUUUUUUUUUUUCCUGAUUUGUGCUUUGCCACCAUUGGAAGAGAAACUUUUGUCAAAUUGAAUUAAAAUAAAAGUCAUUUGCAUGGUUUACGUGCACCUAGGAUUGGCAUCCCUCUAAGAUAAUCUGUCUUCAAAUGCUUGGAGGAAACUAUUGUUCUGCCGUGGACUAAUGUCAUUGACAUACUUCAUUUCCAGUUGAAGCAGACUUCCGAUAAACUGGCGCAUUCGGUACUUGCAGGUGGCAGAGUACCGAGUAUAUCUGAUUGUCAGGCGUCUGUCCUGCAAUCGCUAAACGCUGAGUUGUGGAGCAAAUACAUACGUAAAAUGGUGUUUGGAAGCAAUUAUUGUUUAGCAGAAACAUUUCAACAUGAAUACAAGCCAAAAAUAAUUUCUUUGUAUUUAAUAACAGUAAUGAGUGAUCCGAAACCGUGCCAAAAGGUUCCGACUAAUCCCGGGCCGUAACAAGUGCUUCUGACUGCCUCUUGUGUGCGUACCACCUUAGCUAAAAUUAUAGGUAUUUUAGCUUAAGUUUGCUUAUUUGGCUUAAGUCUGUAAAUUACUCGCUGGGCCCGGACUAUGAUGCAGGUCCAUCAGUAGUUACCUGUAUUUACUGCUGGCAUUUAUAUUAUUGAGUACAGGCUGCUUACGUAUAGUCAUUUUUAUUUAAGUUUUAUAAUGGCAAUUUUCAUAAUGUUUUGCAUAUUAUUGACCUAGUUCUAAUCAUGAACAUUAAACCCUUUACUUAUAUACAUUGGCUUAAAAAAAAAAAAAAAAAAUUAAAAAAUAAUUUUCAUAUAUAUCAAUUUUAAUAGAAUUCAGAAGUUUUUAAAAGAAUGCAUAGUACUUGAGAGGUGGUUUAAAAGUAAAUUUCAUGAAAUCUGGUGUUUAAAAACUUUAUUUUCACAUUUCUCUCAUUUUCAUUACUUUUAUUUCUCUUUCUCUCUCUUUAAAGGAUGGUAAAAUCGAGGCUCUACAAGUACUCAUUAUUUUUCUCAAAUGGUCCAUAUUAAUUUUUUUAAAUGUUAAAAUAGGUUAUGUGUCAAAACUUCAAUAUUACCACAGUCUAUGGAUUUGUCAUAAAAUAUGUUUACUUUCUAGAAAAUGAGUUUCAUUCUUAUACCUGUCUCCUGUACACGGAAGAUCAAUAAUGUGCACAAGUAGCACUGUAAAUUUGUAAUAUAGUUAGUAAAGAUUUAGUAUGUACAUGCUUAAACUCUUCAAAGCCUUAUGUAAAAUAUAGUAUGUGUACUAAAUGCAUAAUGUUCAUAUGUAUAAAUAAAGUUGUUAAAACAUAUUUAAGAUAUUGUAUCAUAUGCUGAACUUUGUACUGAAUAUAUGUACAGCAUCUCCUGGUAUCUAACGCAGGCCAAACACGCACCGUCAUUCUGAAACACAGCAUAUGUUGCGGUGGUGUUCAGAUCGUAGCUGUGUGGCUGGAAAUUACCGAGAUGGUGUGUGUCGAAGCUCGAUUCGCACAUCGGAUGGUAACACCUGUCAGAAAUGUUGUUUUCUUCAUAAGCAUUCCCCACGCCAUGUGAACAUUGAACUAGAAUCCCAACCCUGUAAAGACAUUGUGAUGUAGUUAAUUUCUCUCUGCACCUUCACAAACCUAAAAAACAUUCUGCGAGCACACCCUCUCUCAGUCGGCGUACUUCCAGAAGUCGUUGUGGCCUCUGGCUGCCGUGAACGAUGGCAGGGCACUUCCUCGUCGUCGCGCAAGGUUCCGAGAUCUGUCUUUACUGAACACUCGGGUGGUACACAGGCAUGCCUCGCCUGUCUAUGAAUCUAUAUGUUUACAAUUCAAAUUCAUGCUUAAUGCAAGAGAUACUUUCAUUCAAAGUAAAUUAAAUCAUAAAGGAAAAAAAAUGUUAAUAUCUAUCAAAGUUAACUGGUAUACUCCGUACUUUGUUAGUAUUAAAAAAUAUUCGGGCUAGGCCGUGUCGUGACACGGCCGCAAGUUAUUAACUGGAAUACAUCGUAUAAAUGGGAAGUUGAAUAAACAACAGUAGUUAUAGUCAACUGUUUAUAAUUUCAAUAUAAAUGUUAUUUUUGGUUCAGUAUCAUUACAUACUAUCAGUAAUCCUUGCUCUCGUACUAGGCCACGGCUGGUUGCUAUCAGUGAUGCCUGCACUCACACCAGACCAGGCAAUGCCCGCCAUGUCAGCUUGCUCCCACUGCAGUGUGGUUCGUCCGGCUCUGGUGGGUGGCGCCUUCCUUUAUUCUGAUCAUCAAUUCUUGCAAUUCCAACUGUAUGUGCCUCAACUUUGUAAUUUUUUUCUACUAUUCUUCGUAAAUUUGACUCACAUUUAUAAUUUUUAACGUUUUUUUACAACUUUUCAAACGUGGUUUAAUUAUUUAAUUAUUUUCUUCACAAAUUUAAUUUUAUUAGAUUCAAAUUUGCUAAUGCAUGUGUCCAAUAUCUGCUCUCAAAGCAAAUUGAGUCACCCGGAAUCUAACAACUGAGAAAAUUGCCUAUUACUCAUGACUUGUAAUAUUGUUUAUAAUGGUGCAUGCAUACUAACCCUGUUUAUAUUUUAUAACAUUUCAAAAUCUAUCAUAUUUUCACUACACUCCAUUUUUCAAACUAUUAUCCCAAUUUAUAAGACAUAUUUAUGUCAAAAACCAAAACCACAAUCUCAUUAAGUGCUAAAAGUUUGUGAUUUUGACCUAAGUAAUUCUUACAAACUAUUUUGAAGUUAGAAGUGUUAGUAUGUAUUGGAAAGAUUUGGCUGAGGUUUUGAGAGGCAGAUAAUUGUUCGCAAAAGCAAUAGUAACAGGUUUCCUAGUCAGAGGCUCCAACUGUGUCGUCUAAUUUUUUUUUAUUUUUUGCUCAAUAUGUAAUACAGUAGAGCAUUGAUUAUCCUUUAUAAUUAGGAAUUGGGGGUGUUUGGAAUACUGAUUUUUCGGGUAGCCGAUUAGUUAUGAAAGAAUUUGUAUAGGAGCAAUAUGAAACAAAGAAACAAUGAAAUUUAAAAAAAAAAAAAAAAUUAUAAAGGUUUGAGUAUUGGAUCAACAGUGUUUUUAUUAGAGAUACAUGUUUUCUGUUUGUGUUUUUUUACCCUAAUUUGGUUAACCAAUGUUGCAGUUGAUUGAUAUUGGAAUAACCAAUGCUCUAAUGUAAACUAUAAAAUAAUUAUAUUUUAUUUUCAUUGUGAAUAUUUUUUUAUGUGAAAGUAGAUUUAGAAAAAUUGUACAUGUAUCAUGUUUUGCAUGGAUUCCUUGUUUGGAUGUUAUAAACUUAGUAUAUUUGUAUUUCAGUGAUUCCAGCUAAACAGUGCUCAGUUUUCUUUGCAGUUUCUUGUUAUACGAAACUUUCAUGGAAACGUAGACAGUAUAUAAAUAACUGAAGGUGGAACGGCACCAAUGAGUCUGACAAAUUACAAGCUACGCAUAAAUAUUCAGUAUUCUGGCUGUAAGCUGUAGUUUUGAAAAUGCCUUAAAAAAUCCCUUAGUGCCGAUUGUUCUUAACUGAAGUUUCAAUUUAAACUGUUCAUGACCUUAUCUACAGUAUCAUGCCCUGUAUAUUUAGUAACACUUUACAAUGAUAGUCUAUUUAAGUGUGCUCAAUGAACAAACCAAAUUGCAUAGGUAAUGUAGUGAGAGAAACAAAUGUAACUACAAAACCUAGCUGCAAACUUAUGCACAGUGGCAUUUCCUUGGUCUGCUUUAUUGGUUUAAAAAUAAAUGUUAUAGGAAUAUUUCUCAAAGUGUUACAUUUUAUUUUUGUUAAUGAAUGUUUUUUUGGGUUUUUUUCAACAUUGUAUGCUUUCUGUGUUACAACAUGGGUUCAUUGGUAUUUUGUUGUGAAAAAAAAUAAUUUGUUUUUGACAAAAAUAAAAAUUGAAUAUGCCUUAAGAAUGAAAAUAAAAGACUUAUGUAUCAAGUUUUUGUUCAACAAUUUGGUUUCAAUCCUGUCAAAGAGUAUACUUUCUGGAUAAGGUACUUGUUUGAAUAUUUGUUGUGUUGUAGAGUAAUUUUCUUGAUUUAGAGUAAAAUUUCCGACUAGAAUGAACUUGAACUAGAGUCAACACUGGGUGCUAACGGAGCAAGAACAAUGUUUCAAGGGUUUUAAAGUUGAUAUUCAAGUUCGACUAAGAAUGCAAACUAGAUCCAAUACAGGGUGUCUGAACUGUGAAACAAAAAUUUCCCAACAAUAAUUCUACUUCCUUUCAAACCAAAUGUUUCUUUGUUCCUCUUUCUUCUUUAACAUUGUUCAUUCCAUGCUUCUCAAGUAUGAAUAAAACCAGAGUACCUUUAAAGUGGCUACUUACAUUUUCAUUUAUAUGCAAGUUCAAUCGUUGGCAGUGUGUAGUGUAAAUAACAUUCACUCGGGAUUGUAGACUUCCAAUCGACUUUUCAACUUAUCUGGGUUGUCUCUCUCACUCCUGGUUCCUUCUAGUCUGAAAGUGUUUAGGAUAAAGUUUCAGAUGGGAUUUCUCACUUCAAUGCCCAACUGAAAGUUUACUCUUGAUACAGUAAUUAAGUGUUUUACUUCAGUGUACAGCUAUACUUUUCAUCAUAUUUAUUUAACAAUGUAUUGUAAGCUGUAUGAGUUUAUUUAUUUCAAUGUUACAUUUUUGUGUGUGGUACUGCAAAGCAGAUAUGUAAUGUUAUUUUUCCAAAGCCAGAUAGUAAAUUAUUGUAAGUUUAUGGGCAAUUUGUCUCAGUCAGCCACUUACAACUGACUGCUGAUAAAUGGAUAAAUGUAUUUCCCUGAAUUCAAUUUCUGCAUUUGUCAUAUUGUUGCAAUUUGAAGCUUUUUUUUUGUACCGGCAAGGGAAGAUUUUGUUUUGAAUAAUGUUUUUACAUCUAUGAUUUUCUACUGUUUACUUUCCAGAUUUCUUUGUAUGUUUAUAAAUACUGACUGUAAACAUAGAUUCACAAUACAAUACAAUACAAUGGUUAUGUUUUCUUGACUUGAAGAUAGUAAAGAAAAAAAAGAAAAAUCUGUUUGUUGCUUACUCAGUCACACAAAAAUGAACAGCUGACUUCAGUGAAAUUUUGUGAGUAAAUAUCUUAAAAUUGAAAAUAAUCUAUGAAUAUUAGCACCAGAAGAGCUUCUGCACUAGUCAACAACCAAAGUAGUGCAUGAAAAUAAAACACUUAAAACUAAACAACCUUUAUUAAAUCUGUACUCAAGAUUAACUCCAAAUUUUAAACAAGUUACUACAGCCAGUAAAAUUUAGUUUUCCAUAUAUUACCAACAAGUUCUUAUAAUAAGUUUUCGAAUCACUCAUUUACACAAUUUCUUUGACUUAAACGAAUAUGUGGUCAGAAAUACUGCAAUAAAAAUUUGAAUCUAAUUUAAAUUAAUAUGCUGCUACUAUCAUAUUUUAGCACAAAUUUAUUUAUUUAAAAGCAAGAAGGUUAUUUAUUUAUUGGUUUGUAACACGCCUGCCAACAGUAUAAGUAAUUUAGGGCAGGCAAUAACACAAAGUGGAUAUACGGGAUAUACAAGACACCAUUAAGAGGUGAGCAUUUCAUACAGGAUAGACCCCACAUACAGGUAGGACAACAUGUAGCCGUAACUACAAUGUGGGCACCACCUACUAAGGGACAAUACAACACUACAAGAUAAGGUGACAACUGAAUACAAAAAAAACACACACACAAUAAAUGAAUUGAUAAAUAAGGUAAAGAACUGAACAUAUGACUAAUAUGGAUUCUUACAUGGUAACAUUCAACUUAUUACAAUUUAGUUGUACAGUUUCAGGAGUCAAAGAGAUUUUAGUUAACUUGUUUGUUAAUAUUGGUAAUUAUUCUAUAAAUAAUAUAUUUUUUUGUUUUCUUAAUUACAUAGUGAGGAGUCAGUAUGACUGUUAAACUGUGGAACUUCAUGCUCUGUUUUGUCAAGAAAGUAUUUACAGUUUGGCUUAGAAUUGUAACAAUUUCAAACAAAAAGAUAAUUUAAAAGGAGUGUAUGUUCAGAAAG